AUGUCUGAUGCACCGCUCUGUCGAGUCUUCCUGCACCUCUGUGUUUUAUUCACUACAGCGAGCGCUUAUUACAUCUCUAACAUAAUUCAGUGUGAAACCGACAGCUCGCUUCAGGGCAUGAGAUUAAUUUUGUCCAUGAUGUACAACAAGCAAAACUUCCUGUCGUACGACAGCUCUGAGAUGGAGAUCAUCGGAUACGGCGAAUACGGACUUAAAUGGGCCGAAGAUUUAAACAAAAACCCAAUGUUACUAAAGAUGGAGACGGCGAAAGCUCUGGCAGAGUGCCAGCUUUACGGCCAGCUCAUCCUACUGGCAGCGAACAAGACAGUGGAACCUCAGGUGGUGCUGAGGUCUCUGAGAUCUGAAUCUUCCCCUGAUCCUACCACGCUGAUUUGCAGCGCCUACGAUUAUUACCCCAGAGGAAUCAAAGUGACCUGGCUGAUAGACGGAGAACCCAUCACCGUGAACGUGUCCUCCACCGACGAGCUUUCCAACGGUGACUGGCACUACCAGAUCCACAGCCAGCUGGAGCACAGACCAACCCCUGAUGAAAAGAUCUCCUGCAAGGUGGAACACCAGAGCUUAACCCGACCCGUCAUCUACACCUGGGACACGUCACUUCCUGCAGCCGAGAGAUUUAAGCUUGGUGUUGGUGUUGCAGCUCUGGUGACUGGAUUCAUCACAGCGGCUUCUGGUCUCCUUUAUUAUUACAUCAAAGAAUCAGGUUGGACUCCAGUUCGCACCAUUGAAUUUUCUUGCAUCAUAUGAAGAGCAAACGUUCAAACAUCCACAUCUCUGGAAGUUCCAUCA